UCUCCGUGGCUGCGGGACGGACCCUGGUUCUAGAUCUAAAAUUCCCACACCGCGCCGUUGACCACCCCUCAUCGUCCUGCAACCUGACUUUCUCGCCCAUCCCUCGCACACAGUAAUUCACCAUGGCACACUUUAUACGAUCUUUCUCUUUUGGAAUCAGUAUCAGGGACAUACCAAACUGACGCCGGUCGUGAUCUUCGAUUGGCAACAUUCACAAAGUUUUUCCCUUCGUCACAUUAUAGAAAGUGUUCCGAAGACCAUAGACUAAACGCAUACGACGCUGCUAAUUCUCACAUCUCUACUGUCCUCCUCAAGGAUCAGUUUCUAGACAUGGAAGGCGAAGAACAGCCACCGCUUCCUCCAGGAGCGCCCACCUCGCACCUCUUCGAAGUACGCCACACACCUCACUCCGGCCGUGCCGUCUUCGCCACCCAGGAUAUACCUGCCGAUACGCUCGUCUUCCUCGGAGAUGACCUCACGGUUGAUGUUGUACUUCGUGAGUACCGCCGCGAAGUGUGCGGAGAAUGCUUCGGCUACGAUCGUGGACGGGACUUGUGCGUGCGCGACAACACCGUGGGUUUCGCGUUCUGCUCUGAGGAGUGUAGGGGCCAGUGGAGAAAUCGAGUUGGCGAGCUCGGUGUGGAGACUUGGACAGCGGUGGAGAAGCUGGUUAAGGGUCGGAGCAAGGAGGAUGCGGACAUGGUGGAUGUAGGCCUGCCGCGGCCAAAGACGAAAGAGAUACGGAUUGCCUGGGAAGGAACGGCGGAUCAGGCGGCGCUGAUACGCAUUGCGCGCUCAUCCGUCUCGUCACCCGACAGCUCGGGCGAGAACAAAGGCGAAACCGGGACCGUCAAACCCACCAAGCAGCAUCGCAAAGCCGUCCAGAAAGCGCUCAUGCAGCCCGUCUCUCCGGACGUCCUCACCUUCUGCGUCAACGGUGUCCUCUGGAAAUACAACAAUCCCGCCAAGUGGGAUCACAUCCUCGCGCUCGCAAAAGACAACACCCCCUACCACAACUACGACGAUCUUCGAGCCUUUACUCGCUCCUACCUCCACAUGCUCGCUGUGUGUCCAUCCGCUCUACUUGAACAUGUCACGCCGGAAACUCUUUUCCUCCUGUCCUCGCGCGACAGCCACAACUCCUUCGGCAUCCGCUCCCUCGAGGACGACGGCUCGGAAUUUUUCGGCUACGGAUGCUGGCCGAGCGCGUCAUACUUCAAUCACUCAUGCGGGCCAAAUGUUGAGAAAAAGAGGGUUGGAAGGGUGUGGCAUUUUCGCACGGGAACGAAGAUCAAAGUGGGCGAGGAGCUAUGCAUUACAUAUCUGAGCGGGGAAGAAAGGAAAUUGAGCAGGAACAAGAGGAUGAAGACUUUGAAGGGGAACUGGGGAUUUGAAUGUGGGUGCGAGAGGUGUGAGGCUCUGUAGGGGGCUGGGUGCAUUAAAUGCAAAACGUAUAGAGUAGACGUUCGCAUUGUCAGACAUUUUCUAAUAGAUAUUCCC